AUGGACCAGCUUCUGCAGAGCGGGCUUCUUCCCAAUCAGAUGUGCGUGGUCACCUUCUACCGAGAGCAGUUUCGACUGCUGCUCGACUUUGCCGUGGAACGAAACAUCGAAAUUGCCACGGUGGAUUCAAUCCAGGGUCGUGAAACAGAAGUCAUCAUUUUGUUAACAACUCGCACGGGCCUAAAACCUGAGACUGCGGGCUUCAUUGACGACCUCCUUCGUCUCAACGUGGCAGUCACCCGUUGCCGACAUGGGCAAUUUAUACUGGGCCAUGUCCCCACUCUGCGAUCCCUACCCCACUGGGGAAAGCUCAUGCCGUUCAGUGAUAUGGCGGCGAGGCACCAAGGAAUGACAACAUGGGAGGUUGCGCGACGGCAUUCGAUG